AUGCCUCCAAAGAAGAAGAAAACACCGGCCCGUCUUAAGCAAACCACGUUAAUCAACUUGACCACACUCUCUCCGAAACGCACUAGGUCCACCCAAGCCCUAAGUUCUGAUCCUGGAAAACAGAAUAACGCAGAUGAUUCUUCUUCCGAAGAUAUUGGUGCUCUCAAGUUUGAAGCCAAAGUAUCGACGGGAAGCGAUCCAGAAACAGCGGAUAAUUUAAAUUUUGGAGGAGUCAGACGCAAACGUCUGUCCCGCGUCGUCAGCGACAGCGAUUCUGAACAUGACUCAGGACAAGAUCCAGCCUCAAAUUCGUCUGCAAAGCCUUCGUCUCGUCGGCGUCGUGAAGUUAAAGAAGGAAACGGCGGCAAUAUUGGUGAGGACGACAAGCCCAGCAAGCGACGCCGACUUUUAAAGGGACGCCGUGCACAAACGAGUCCUGCAGAAGAGGAUGAGGAUGAAAGGUUUGAUGAGGUCGAUGACAAGUAUAUUGUGGAAAAUCGUUUUCGUGCCCGCGACAAAAAAACCGCUUUUCAGCGUAACCUCGAAAGGCUUCAAUUGCGGAAACGCGGACAGGUAUCACCAUCAGCGUCUUCUCAUGACGAAGAAGAGAGCGACAAAGAGCGACCAUUCGCAGGUGCCAAACCCCACAUUGACCACGGCAGCCCGAGCCAACUUUCGUCUGACUCCGAAAAUUCUUCCGAUUUCAUCGUUGAAGAUGACGGGAUGGCCAUGCCACAGUUGCCGACUGAGUUUAGCAUGGAAUCGCAUCAAGAUCUCUCUCACCAGUUCAAGAAGAUUUUUCAGUUUUUCGUACAUAUCGCUGUACAAUCUCCGCAAGAUCGUCGUUCUUUCAUGGCCAAGCAGUUGCGAGACGAAGAGUAUUUUUCCGUGCCGCUGCAAGUCCUCAGACGAAAGAUUUUAGGCUUGAGGGACUCUUUAGUCGCUUCCUCCGUGUGGAGACCAGAUUUCAAAAAGGCACUAGAAAAAUUCCCAAACCUGGAUAUAGUCCCUCUUGAAUUUUCUGUUCCAUAUUGUGAUGCUUGCCACCUCGGCCGCAGGACAUCAACGCUGCUAGGAAGACUGAGCGGAAACCCGUGUGAAAGAUCAGGGUUCAACGAUAAGGAUGAUACUGAAAGUGAAGAGACUCUGGAAUUCCAUUUGGGACGCUUCUGCGCCAAGCGGACACGGAUUUUCCACGAGUUUUCACACUGGGAGAACGCCCUCUUUCUAUGCGUUUGUCGAGAGAUUGAGGAACUCCGUGGAGCGAGUCAGACUAGGGGAUUUUAUCGAGUCGCUUACAUGGGGGGCAAGCAGCCUCCAGACGACCUCGGAGAUGCUGAUGGAAUAUGUGAAUGGCUAGACGAACGACAGUUGAUAGAAAUUGAAUGGGAAAAGAUCAAGACGUUGAUGGAAAGUGCGAGGCAUCUUGAAAUGUCGGCAAGAAAGGGUGAAAAUGUAGAGUAG